GCCCCUCAGUUUGUUUCGGGCUCUCGUGCUAAGCGGUACAACACGCUAUCGAUGCGAUAUCAUCGACAAAUUGUGUUUCGCCACAAAAGCAAAGUUAACGACGAAUCGCAAACGAAUUACAACGGAUGGUGUUUUUUUUAUACUCGAGUGGAUACAAUGCAAAUGUUACUUAACAAAGGCUCCAAAUGAGUGCAUAAGUAAAACAAAAAGCAUUUGAAAAAAAAAAACAAAAACAUUGCAAUAAUAACUGCAACAGCAAUUUACACAAGUACUAGUGAGUGGUGAAAAGGAAAGGUGAGUAAAUCCUCACCAAUUUGAACAAAAGAGUAAUUCAAGCAAAUCAUAAAAAUAUAUAAAACAAAGUAAGAAAUCGAAAACCUUUCACUGACACCCGAAAAGUAAAAAUACAGACACAUACAUACUUGCAAACAUAUGUACGUGUUUAAAAAUAGACAAAAUUCAAAGCGACAAAACAAAAAUAAAACCAACCGAAAUAUAACAAAUACAUACAUAUAUGUAUAUGUGUAUACUUGUAAAAGCAACAAUAACAAACAGUGCAGUGAUCCAGGUGCAGUGACGUUAGCAGAAAUCCUAACAACAACAAAUACACAUAAACGAAAAGUGCGCUUUCAUUGCAACGCAGCGCUUGUGAUCUAUUUAGUUUUGAUUAUUUUUCAACUUCAUGCCACAUUUUCGGUUGAGUACCACCGCCUUUCCCAAAGUGCUGCCCAUUGCUACGCCUGCGCAUGUGUGCUAAUGUGCCUGCCUGCCUACCCCACUAAGCAACCCGUAGCCUGGUCGCAUGUGUGAUGACGCGAGUGUGAAGUGUGAUUUAUUGAACGAACGUCAAGCGUGAAAAGUAAAACGUGAACCCAAUUUUAUAACAACAGCAACAACUGUAUAGCUCCCUCCCUCAACAGCCUAGUGCGCGCGUGGUCGUGGUUAAUCGGUGAGUUUCGCAUACGCCUGCGAAUUGGCAUCCUAAAUCGAUAUUUGAAUGUCCGAGCGUGUGCGCAAAAUGUAGCAAACUUUUCUUUUUAACGCGAGCGUGAAAACGAGUACAACACAGACGCAGCGCGCUGGACUUAGUGAAUCGGGACUACAUACAGAGUCGCGUCGCGGUCGGUCAGUUAGUUGUUGUCACUCUCAAUAGACAACAGAUACAGUUAUAUAUACAAACGAGAGUAUAGCGCAUGCAGUGUUAAUAAACCGCGUUUAGUGACCGGCAAAGUACCCAACUAACCUACAUUCAAAUUUAGACACAGACAUUGGCGCAGCCACAGCCUCCGAUAUUAUGGCCGUGCGCAUCGCGUAGAAACAGGCUAACUAAAAUAAAGCAAACGCGCCUGCGCCGUAGACAAGAAUCUGCCAGCCUUCCAGCCAGCCAGCUUUGUGGUGGCAAAGGUGCUAAAACACGCCAUUAUUGCGAAUAUAUACGAGCGCGCACAUAUGUAGCAAGGCGCGACGCGAAUGCAGCCAUAGUAAAUUUGAAAAUCAACUGACCAAAAGGCGGUGAGCGGUGUGUGGAGCUGAAAGUGCGGUGGCAAACAAGUUUAGUGCUACUAAAAGUGCAGCUACGACAACGGACCGCAAACAAAAAGUGACCUACAAAUACAGGUUUUCAUUUGGUUAUUGUGACGACCGACAACAACGGUCUGAACUAGAGCCAUAGCCAGAGCCAGAACAACAGCAGCCAAUAUAAACAACAUAAACAACAAACGAUCUACACAGCUGUAGUUAUACAUAGCAUACAUUGACUAGCGAUAAAGCAUAGCUACUAGCCGUACUAGUAUAGAGUGGACUUGGGCGCAGCAAGUAAGACGACGGACCACGGAGAUAGACGACAAGAGAAUCGCGUGUAUACCUAGGCAAAACCAGCUAUGGCAACGUCAACCACACCAACAACAAUAAUGUCUACAACGGUGCCGGCAAUGCCGUUGAAAAAAGCUGGACCGCCCGUCCCACCGAGGCCAUCGCAUGCAGGCUCACACGCAGCGGGUUUAUUGAAAACACAACGCAGCGGAGAAUCAGUUAUGAAUGCUGCUGCGACAGCGCCGAUACAGAAUCGUGUUGCGACAACACCAACAAAUACCACAACAGGCACAUCAAUGGCAUCACCAACAGCGACCAGUUCUACUGCGACUUUGUCUUCGAGUGGUCGCGUGAGUGUUGGCAAUGUGAACACAGCUGAGGCGACGCAGCACAAUUUACAACAUCCGAUUAUACAGAAGAAACCAACGUUGAGCUCAGUUGGAGCCGGAGCUGGCGGUCGUACGGUUAUUUAUAAGUCGCCCUCAAUGAGUGCACCCAAACGUCCGGAAGCACUAUCGCCCACAGCAACCAACAAUACUACUACUAACAGACUCGGUCCGAAGCCACCGUUAAAGCUACGCAAGGCACCAGAUAUACCAACAAUGAAACCGAAAGCAACAACUCCGUUGCAAAAUGAAGCCACAACUCCAGUGGAAAAGGAAGGUAAUGCCACCAAAGUGCCUGUUAAUAGUGUGUCCGGUAAAAGUCCAGUACCACUGCCAGCUGUCACAAUGAGUGCUACAGACAUGAGCAACGGCGGUGGUGAUGUCGUUAUCGUCCAAACUUCGGCCAGCGCCGUCAAUCUCAGUCGCCAUCACUCCAUGGGUAGUGGCUCGCCCAAAUCACAAUCACAGACUAGCAGUCUGAAGGAUACACGUCUCAGUCUAGGACGCGCUGAUUUCGAACGCGUUGGCAAGAUACAGCUCGAUCAGUUGCCGACAUCGGUGCAACCCUUACCGCGUCCACGUAAAAUUGUUAAAGUGCCUGUCGCUACGCUUGACUUGGAUGAUUCUACCAUCAACACUGGUACACAAUCGAACUCAUCCGGUGUGAGCAUUUUUCGCCGUUCUAAAACUACACUCGAUAACUUUACAUCACGUGCCAAUAUCACCACAAUCAAUACGGGUGGUGUAGCCAAUACUUUUCUCGGUGGCAAGACAGUUGAGCUCAAGAACAAUUUGAAGAACGCAGCCGAACGUUUGUUUUCUGAAAUCAUGGUUAACCAACAGCGUCAUGGCAAUGACUCGCCUGUAAUAACAAAACACGAGCCUGCUCUGCAACAUCAGGCUACACAGCAUAGCGUAGCCGCUGGUGGCACCUCGGUAACUGUCGUUACAACCGGUGAACUGGUCAAUAAUUGUACACGCAUAAAUAUCAAUACGAAUGACGGCACUCAGGACACGGCUGGAAACAUCGAAAAUAUGUUAAAGUCACCGGAGAAGAAGACAGCUUUCCAUGAGAUACUCAUAUCCGAAUUGGCGGCAAUGCGUGACAGAAGCAGCUCCAUGGAGAAUUUGACUAGCGCCGAAACACCUAAAAUGUUUAAAAGAGAGCAAACGCUACUAAGCAGUCCAGUAUCGGAGCCGAUCACCAAGUUGACAACAACAAACUCAAAUGAGGCAACAACACCAAUAACAGCAACAUCAAAAGUUUCAUUAAGCAGCAACAUUUCGAACAACAGCAACAACGACAUCGUCAACAACAAAACACGUCAGCGGUGCAAUUCCAUUGAAGAUGUGGAUCCCGACACAGAGGAUGUCGAUGCCGACAAUGUAGAAGACACCGAAGAUGGUGAAGAAGAUGAUAUGCAAAAGCAUAAUCGUAAUAAUAAAUUGAACGGUGUUGGUACACCUCGAAAGCGUUGCCCUUCAGGCUGUUCGUCCGAUUCUUCGCCAUAUGGCACUGAACGUUCGGCGCGUAUACGCACAUCCGAUUGGAUUGAGGUAGGCGAUAAUGGCAAAGAGGUCACCAUGACCAGCUGUCACAUCAGUUUGGAGGAUUCGGGUUUGGAGGAUGAAGAGCGUUUGGAUGAAAUGUCAUCACUGGGCGUUGGCGAUUCUUGGGAUAGUGUAAAGGAGGCAGAAAAUGUCAAACGGUGUCGCACUGUGAAGAGAAUUAUGUCAAUCACCGAUCUGCCACCUUUGCCAAAAAGUCUUAGUGGUAUCAAUAAAAUGCUCGGCUCUGAUUCGGGUUUGAUCAGCGACGAUGCUGAUGUCAAUAUGGAAAACCAAAACAACAAUCACAACAACAUUAGCGCCGUUAGUGCGCAAAGCAAUCUAGACAAUAACGUAGAAUACCAAAAAGGUGAUAAUAAUAACAACAGCAACAACAAUAACAGCAGUACUACGAAUAGCGUUAAUAAUGUUGGCAAAAAUGAAUUGAACACAGCGAAAUUGUUGGAAAGUAACGAAAUGGACGCGAACAACAAGUCAAAGACAUCGCCAACAACAACAACAGCCACAGCGGUAGCAACAACAAAUGCAAAAGAAACAACUACAACAACAGCGUCAACGACAGCAGCGACGCCCGCGAAAUCAGGCGUCACCACGAACGCCGCUGGCGCUGGCGGUGCGGUGGCGAGCGUGACAGGAAGCACACUGGAUACGCAAUUAGCCAUUUUAAGAAAAGAAAUGUACGGCCUACGCCAGCUGGAUCUCUCCCUGCUCUCCCAGUUGUGGGCACUCAACGACUCAAUACAGGAAUUUCGUACGAUGUUGGAGUCACAGGAACUCGAAGCAGACUCCUACUCACCGCACUCACCGACACCCUCCUCCUACGACUCGGUCUCGAGUGAUGCUGAAGACGAUGCCAACACAAAUAAUAUUAAAAAACAUAAAUCAGCCGAUAUGAAUAAACCAAAAAUUAUCACAACACAACCAAAAUUAACGCAACGAUCCAAUUCGACGACGGAGCGUGGUUGCAAUGGCAAUGCAACAGCAUCACAGCGGCCAUCACCACCGAAACCGCUCGAUAUGCGACCAGUGCCGCGUAUGCGUAGUGCACCACCACCGCCGCCCGCCAACCGGAAAUCGGCGGCACCGCCACGCCCCACAUGAUGCUAUCUAACGGAUUUCCUCGCCAGCAUGAAGAUGGUCAUGUGCAAAGCGAUUGUAAGCAACAACAGCAGCAGCUGCAGCGAUGCGAUAAUGGCGGCGAAGCGCUGAGAGCGAAAGGCUAUGAGAGAGAGAGAAGAAUUUAAACGAUGAAGCGCUGUUGCUGUUGUAGGCGAGGAAUUUCGAUUGGAAUUUAAGCAAAUCUGAGUGUAGAAAACCGGUAGUUCUGAUCAUCUGCUGUGCGUUAGAAAACAAAAACUGCAAAAAGUAGCCUUAAAAUUAAAUAUUUAUAAUUUAAGUACGAAACUGAAGACACAUAAUGAAUAAAAUGCAAGUAACAGGAGUGAUUACGGAGUCCAGCAAUAAGAAAAAGGAUAUAUAAAACAAAAACAACAAAAAACUUUGGUACUAGUAUAGUUAGUGUUAUGUAAAUGGGUAAUUUGUAACUUGCAGCAUUGGGGGGUCGGCAGGCUUGCAGCGCACCGGCUGUCCAACAAUUAGGCUUACUUCUGUAUGGUACAUACAUACAUACAUACAUACAAGCUAUGUACUCUUACAUAUUACAUAAUGAUAUAGGAAGAAGAAUUUUAGACAUACACACAUAUAUAAUAAAUCGGCUGUACUUUCGCUUUCGCAUUUCUAAAAAAAUCUCAUAAAAUAUACACUUUUGUAAUAAUUAUUUAAGUAUCUAUGUAUGUAGUAUUUCUCGAUAGCUCCAAUUGGGCAUUUCUUCUAUUCGAUUUGUUGUGGUAAUUCAAUUUGCCGGCGGCGUAGCUGUUAGCUAAAAUAAAUUUUAUAAUAUUUCUAACUGUAUAUACACUCAUACGUGCGUUUAAUAUACUAUAAAAUAAAUAAUGUAAAAUAAUAUAUAAAAUCCAGUAGAUAUGUGUGGACAUGCAUAUGUAAGCGUGUAUACAUUUGAAGGAUGCUUGCGUUUUGCGUACUAAUGCUAACUGCUAAUAAUGAUUAUAAUAAUUGAAUGCUAUUGUAAAUAUGACAAAUUUUAAAUAUAUAAAUAAAUAAACUCGGAAAUAUAAAUAAA